UGGAGUUUCAAGACAGUCACAGAAGAAGAUUUGUAAAUCACCUGAAAGAUAAGAUAGCUAAAAUGGAAAAAUUUAUACAAAAUGCACAGAGGAUUAUUUCACAAUAUCAAGACAUGGAAAGAGAAUUAUCAAAAACAAAAGAGGAGAAUUUAUACUUAAAGAGACUGAUGACUGAAAAGGGUUUAUCUGGACAUGGAAGGCAAAUGACCCCAGGAAAGUACAGUCCAGUAUCUAGAGGCUCACCAGGCUUUAUGCAGUCUUUCCAAUCAUCCAGUAGUUCAGGAAAAGUAUCAUGUACACCACCUAGUGGCAGACGGGGUUCACCAGCCUUCCAUCAGCAAAGUUCCACCCAUAGCUCAAUAGCUCCUGGAAGAUUAUCUGUUCGUACACCUCCAUCAGGAGGGAAAAUAGGUACAGUGCCAGGAACACCUCAAUCAGCAUCAAUACCAGUACCUCAUACACCUAAGUCAGUACCUCAUCCUAUAUCACUUAAAGAUUGGCAGUUAACACCUGAUUGA